AUGGCGCCGUUCUUCGCGCGCUCGGCACCGAAUGCCUCUCCACGAUUCAAGGCCCGUCGAGUCCCCGGCAAGGAGAUGAGAUUUGCGCGCUGCCGCAGUGCAACGUCAACUCGAUCAAAGCGGGCUCGAGCUCGACGCGCGCGUCCAGCACCAAGUGACACAGCUCCUGCGGUGGCACAAGCGCAUGGCAUUCCCAACGACCGUAGCGACAAAUUGCCCAAAGUGCCGCACGCCUUUCCGAACACCGCGCCGGCUCCGGCCACGCCAAGAGCCAUGGCCAACGCCAAGGCACUUCGCUCCCGUGCUGCACCGGCUCCCGCGACAAAGGCACACAAGAAGGUCUGGGCAUCGCUGGCGCCUGCUGUCGGCCCUUUCGAUGCCCCAGCUCCUUAUGCCGGUAUUGCGAUGGGUAAGCCACUCGGAUUGUCGGUGCAUGAAGAUGCAUUCACGUGCAACUAG